AUGAUUCCUCACCAAAUGUUACACAAUCCAUUAGAUAUUCAAGUUGGUAAAAUUGCCAUGUUAUCAUAUAUUAAAUUAAGUACAUCUUUUUUAGAUUGUCUUCUAGAACAUGAAAUUAAUAAUUUUCGUUCAGAUAUUAUUUUACCAAAUUCUGUCUACUUUUAUGCAAAUGACAACACAAUUAUCAUGAAUCGUAAAGGUCAAGUGUUAAAUGUAACUCAUACAAGUGAAGAAGAAUGUACUCAGUCAACAUUAAACAGUGAAAAUGAUUUUAAACAUAACAACAAUUCAGGAACAAAUUCAUGUUAUAUUAAUGCAGCACUUCAAUGUUUAGCUGAUGCACCUCUAUUUGUUAAUUGA